AUGACAAAAAAAGAAGCACCAAUGAACUAUAUUCUAACAUACAAGUUCAGCCAAGAUCACUUGGAGCUUUUCUUUGGUGCAAUCCGGUCCUCGGGCGGGUUUAACAACAAUCCAACAGCCGAGCAAUUUACUGCAGCAUACAAAAGACUGUUACUGAGAAGCAGUAUCCAAGGCCGCAAUGGAAACUGUACCAAACAAGAUGAAACGGACACACUGGAAGUGAUUGGGGACACCUACAAAGCAAAAAGCAGUACAGAUUCAAAUAUAACAAAUCAGAUGGUCAUGAAGCAGUUGGUUCAAGACAACACAGAAGUGAAUCUGCUUUUCUGACUUUAAAAGACAGGGGUAAUUUGUUCAAACCGGCAGUUAGUGUUAUAGCAGUAUGCACUGAAACAGAAAGGUGUUUUCAACGAAUGUUAGCAGCAACAGAUGGUAGGUUACCACAGGGGAAAGGAAUUCCUGAUGCCAUAGCUCUGUCUGUAUUGAAUAGUAUGAACAUGAAAGUCACAUUUAAAGAUCUUGACACACAUAUGUUAGCUACUACUGUCAAUGACAACCAUACCUUUACAUUGAUAAAGAGCAUAUCCAAAAACUACAGCAAGGUGCGAUUAUAUCACCUUGGCAAAACAACGACAGAAAUGGCAACUAAAAAUAAAGUGAGAAAGAAGCUAAGUAAACUUGUCCUGUUCGAACACCAGUAGUAAAAUAUAACGCAAAACUCUCUCUAACCGUGGAUAAAAAAACAUAAAGAACGAUAAAAGAAAGAUACUUACCAUAGUUCUAAAGUAUUCAAAAGUAUUUUAGGUCAUGUACUGCCUCUAUAUUUCGAAAGCAAACUGGGAGUUGUCUUGUAUGCCAAUGUUGCGACCAAAUAUAUUCCCGCAUGGACAUCUUUUAAACGAACAUGAACGCUGAUAUUUUCAAGCAAUCUGGGUCAUUCCGAUGUUAAAUUGAUCUACAUAACAUCUUUUAUCCAUGGUGUUGCGAUGAGGUUAGUAAAAAGUCGCGAAGUGUCUUCAAUUUUCGAAAAUUCAUGUUCGUGCAUGUUGUCCGCCAUAUAUUUCUAUACAAAUUUGUUUCACUCCGUGGUCCCCGGAAGUGAAUUUCGCAUAUAUAAUUUGGCUUCACUUUUCACAUCUAGAGAAGCUAUAUCCAGUCUACUAUUAGAUCAGUGCAUGCAACAUGUACGCACUGCGUACCUAUUUUUGUAGAUGGUGAGCAUAUUUCAAGUUAAUUCUAUAAGUGCAUACAUUGUGUUUUUAUGCUUAAUAAUGUUAAACUGUCACCAAGUUUACAUAUUUAAUUAAUGGAACAAAAUGUGAACUACUCAGUAUAGAAUAAUAUUAAAUGUCCAGGUGUUUUCAUUGGUGACGCGCAUAGUCAAAGAUGACGCGCGCGUUGACCAGAAACAGAAUACUUCUGUUUUCGUCGUUAAACAUGUAAACUUGGUGACAGUUUAACAUUAAGCAUAAAAAAUCAAUGUAUCCACUUAUGGAAACUAAAAAUGUGCUCACCAUCUGCAAAAAGAUUUCCCCUUGAAAAAUUAAAUUAAAAAAAAUUAAAUUAAAUCAACGUACCACACUAUUAAUUAGUGUACUAUGUACUUUAUCAGUUUACAUAACAAUCUCGUUCCCCGAGCAUGCCCGUUCGCAGGUUAAGGGUGGGCAUAGCUCUGGAAAAAUCGAAUUGAUUCACGUUGAAUUUCCAACGUGAGUUCUACGCAUGCUCUGCAAUGUUGCAAAAUAUAAAUAAAGUAUUUAGAAUUUCGCGUCGAAAAUUUGAUACAUUUUACACUGAAAUCGAAUUGAAAACAACUAAAAAUUCUGGGGGAAAUAUGUACGAAAGCUUUGGAUUGAUAGGGAUACAACUACCUGAAAAAUACAAGGAGAACUUCGACGAUUCGAGGGAAGGCGCUUCGACUUGUCACUUGUAGUACUGUUAGUGUUUUAAUAUAUACAUCGUACUUCACCUUUACUGAUAAAUCUCCUCAACAAUGAGUAUUAUAUAUUUUUAUGCUUCAAAAUUUACAUUCAACUCUCCUGUCAGAAUUUAUGGUAUACGUAGUGUUAAGUACGACAGUAAAAAAAAGGUCAAGUACUAUAUAUACAAACAUUAACAGCACAAGUCGAAGCGCCUUCGCUCGAAACGAAAUUCUCCUUGUAUUUUCAGGUAAUUGUAUCCCUAUCAAUUCGAAGCUUUCGCACAUAUUCCCUCCAGAAUUUCUAGUUGUUUUCAAUCGAUUUCAGUGUAAAAAAGUAGCAAAUUUUCGACGAGAAAUUCCAAAUACUUUGUUUAUAUUUUCCAACAGUCGCCAAGCAUGCGUAGAACUCACGUUGGAAAUCCAACGUACUCUCUGCCGUUAGCCAAUCACAGGCCUGAAUCAAUUCGAUUUCUCCAGAGCUAUGCCCACCCUUAACCUGCGAACGGGCAUGCUCGGGGAACGAGAUUGUUUACAUAACGAUCUUUCCCAGGUUAAGUAAGUGACACCGAUUUAAGGUGAUAUUUUACAAUGUAUAUGGAGAAACUUUUGAGCGAUUGUUUUUUGUAGAAAAGCAAAUAUUAUCGGAGUUAUGGAAAAUAGAACGUGAAGAGUAUGAAAUGUUUAAUAAAAAUGACGUCUCGUCGUUGCUAUGUGAACCAUGACGUUUCAGUAUGGCCGAUUUUUUGCUAAUUUCAGUAACUUCGGAAAACAACGGUGACCCCCAUUUUUGUUUUGUUAAUCGUUUUCCAAUUACUGAAAAUGAUUAAUUAACCAAGCCAUUGUAGAAUUUUAUUAAAUUUUAAAAAUCUACGCUUGUGAUUUUUUCAAAAGUUGGUUGAAUAAUAUUUUCACUAAUUGAAAACGAUUAAUAAAAUAAAAAUGGGGGUCACCGUCCUUUCUUUUGAUUUAAAUUAGUGUAAUGCCACGAAAAUCGGCCAUAUUUAAACGUCAUGGUUUGGCAAUGACGACAUUGAUGACAAUUUUGGUAAAAAAAUUCAUACUCCUCCGGUAGUACUUUGUAUAGCUCAGAUACUAUUUCCUUUUCAACAAGUAAAAAUUGUAAUUCCGCCCUAAAUCGUAAUUUUUGCUGUUGCCAAAAACCCAGUAGGGAGCACCUUAAAAGCAAUCCAUGCGAGAACGUCCUAGGAGCCCCCCCCCCCCCCUUCUCUCCCUACAAUUUUUGGACUACCCCACUGCUUCGGUUAUGCAACUAUCAUGUUGGAAAUCUAUGCUUCUCUUCAUGGCACUGACUCAAGCCAGGGGCGGCGGAAAGUCGAUAAUUGGGGGGGGGCUGAUAUUCAUAUAUUCCUGUUCAGAGACUGUAAAAACAAUCGCUUUCAAAGGAAAUAAAUUAUGCAGAACAUGAAUAUAUGAAUAUCAGCCCCCCCAAUUAUCGACUUUCCGCCGCCCCUGACUCAAGCCUCGGUCAAACAAAGAUGAGAGUUGAUCAGUGCACUCUCAUCAAUCUUGAACUGGUUCAAAUUUUAAUUUGAUGAAGAGUUAUCGCUACGCGCGUGAUAAUAUCCAGACUAUCCAGUGAACUCUCGUCAACUCUCAUGUAGCUCUUGUUCUCGUUUGACCGGAGAAUGAGUGGAAAAAACUCUCAUGCAAACUCUCGCUUCUCAACUCUCAUCAACUCUCAUGCGACUCGUUUGACCAGGGCUCUGUCUUCAAAAAAAAGCAUUACUUUUGCAGAUUGUACUUGUGGUAGCAAUUGGUACCGUGGGUCACUUUGUAAAAGAAGAUCACGAUCUCGUAAAAGAAAGAUUAUUAGAUCCUUAUGAUUUCGGUGCGUAUGGAAGAUACGAGUUUUUCUUGUACACCACCUCUGUUGGAGUGAUCAUAGCAAUUCUUUCGCUUGUGGCAUCAAUUACUGGACUGCUGGAGAAACAGGGCGGAACACUCGCUGUAAGUUGCUGUUAAUAUUCUGAGCCAUCUUUUCUUUUUCCUCCAUUAGUUUCCUUUCACUUGCCUUAUAUAUGUUUCCUCACCUUGCCUUGCCCAAUGAGCUCCUAUAUAUAUAUGCGGAGUGAGGACUCGAGCCCAAAAACUGAAGCCAAAUAUAGAGCUAUUCGGGAUGUCAGUUUCAGUCUCUUUCUAUUGUUUUUGUCGAAUUUCUGAGCGUGCCGAAAUUUCGCAUCUUGACUUUGAGUAAAAGGGUAAUACUAUAUAGUUUUAGCGAUACGAUCCGUUCAAGAAGACUGGAAUUAGCUUGGAAUUUAAAAUUGGUAUUAAAACUGUUUUAAAGCUAUUGGCCGUCAUCUAUAUAUCUAUAUACCUAUAUAUCUAUAUAUCUAUAUACCUAUAUAUCUAUAUAUCUAUAUAUCUAUAUAUCUAUAUAUCUAUAUAUCUAUAUAUCUAUAUAUCUAUAUAUCUAUAUAUCUAUAUAUUUAUAUAUCUAUGUAUCUAUAUAUCUAUAUGUAUCUAUAUAUCUAUGUAUCUAUAUAUGUAUAUAUGUAUAUAUAUAUAUAUAUAUAUAUAUAUAUAUAUAUAUAUAUAUAUAUAUAUAUAUAUAUAUAUAUAUAUAUAUAUAUAUAUAUAUAUAUAUAUAUAUAUAUAUAUAUAUAUAUAUAUAUAUAUAUAUAUAUAUAUAUCACUGGCCAUGCCUCACCUUACCCGAUCUUCGGCCCUUUCCUUACCUCGGAUGAGACACGCGGUGACGCCUGAAAAACAUUAAUCCGAAAAUUUUGAUCAUACCUUUAUUUUAGAUGGCGAUCGUACAUGCAAUUUGGUCACUGCAGUUGCUGGUUUCAACAGCUCUGCUUGCUAAAGUUCUGGCUUCAGCUGAGAAAAAAGUAUACAUUGGUACAUCCACCUGCGACCUAUUGGAUGAUGCGAAUCACGAUCACACAUGCAGUCAUCUAAUCUCCGGAGUGGUAAGUUACAUUAAUUAGUUGCAAAUGGAAUUUUCGCUGUUCCGAGUUGCUGCUAUUAAUUUUUCAUCUUAAUAUCUGGCAAAAGUAGACCGUCCAGUUUACUAAAGCUCUGUAGAUAUGCGCGAAAUAGAAAAUCGAUUACGCUAACUCAAAUAGAAUCUGUUUCCAGGAACACCAUGUACCAGAAGCAACGUGAAGCGGCGGGAAGCCAUUUGAAAAGGGCACAUACUCCUGAGCCUCAAAUUUUGUGGGCAGCAAUGUUUGUUAAAAUUUCGCUGUGCGGAUCUCCAAUUACUUGUGGCCAAUAAAGUUGGACAAAUUUUAUACUUGAUUAGAACAAUUUUAUUUGUUGCAUGGCGUGCAUAAAAUGCAUUGUGUACAAAACAGCAUGAUAGCUUGUCAAUUAUUUAAAAAGGCUUCGGUAACGGUUUUAAGAAGAACAUCAGAUUUAAAAAUAUGAGGUAAAUUACUUGAAAACAAUUUUCAAUUUCAAUUCCGCAUAUAACAAUAACGAAGCGUGCAUUUUGUAAAAAGGCAAACGGAACUGUUUGGGCAACGGGGCCGGUGUCACAGCGGUUUGGACUCCCCGCGGAUAUGGACCCCCCGGUCCAUAUCAGCUAGCAGAUUCGGACCCCUACGUACGGUACAUAUCCGCUAGCUGAUAUGUACCCCCUUCCGCGGUAUUGGACCCCCUAAAAUUGACAAAAAGAAGAAGUUUUGAAACGAUUUGCAGUUGAAUGUGCAUGGAAAUUUAGGCGUCAAUUUAAUUUAAAUGAUGAUAACUGAUGGCAUGACUCAACUAUCUUGGAAUUUGCUUAAUGACGAAAACAAGUAUUGAGAUGUUAAUUUUAUAAAAGUUUAGGGUUGAAUGGAAUGCAUCACUAUUUUCCGUUUUUACUUGAGCAGUUAAGAGUCACAGCAGAUAGCAAUUCCAAGGAGUAAAGUACUUGUGAAGGCUUCAUGCGCUUCUCAGUUCUCGCACAUUCCAAGAUCAUAAAAAUAAGCCCAUGUAGCAGAAAAAUUAUAAAUUAUAAACUUUGACGGAAUUCUUUAAUCUAAAAAUCUAGGAUUUAAUCUUGGGAUUUGAUGGUCUAAAAGUCUUCGUACGGUUUUUAAAAUAAAUCAGAUGAGAUUUAUGACGAUUUAAAACGCUUUCAGUACAAUAUUCAAAAUACAAUACGUUGCAAUGAUAAAAUACGCGAGGCGUCCAAAUUCGCGAGAGGAGUCCAAAUCCGCUAUAGCGAAUAAAGACCCCCCAUAGGUCCAUAUUCACUAGCGGAUAUGGACUCCCCGGUCCAUACUCCAUAUUCGCUAGCGGAUUUGGACUGGGGGGUCCAUUUUGAGGAGGGUCCAAAUCUGCUGGGACACCUGCAUCCCCAUUUGUUUCCAACCGACAACUGUAGCAUGCCAGUUGUGCUCUCACGAUUUGAGGUAUCUACAAGCAUAGUCUGUCAAAAUCUGAUCGUUUGGAAGCCCGGCAAACUUCAAAUCUACAAAAUAAAAUACCUUUAUACACCCUUUUCAUAAAUGGCUGCCGAUUAAAAAUUCUUUUAUGUGCAUAUAAAUUGGCCCAACUAGCCUCGUUUCUGGGUAGAAAUUCCUUUGAAAUCUUAACAUGAGUACGAGGCUAGUUGGGCCAAUUUAUAUGCUCAUAAUAGAAUUUUUAAUCGGCAGCCAUUUAUGAAAAGGGUGUAUUUGAUGUUGAAAAUCUAUGCACAAAUCCUUUGUGCAUCUCACUAUUGGAUGAUUACUUCAUUAUACGAAAAUACAAUGAAUGAGCUCAAUCACCGUGCCCAUGAAAAAAUUAACAUAAACAGCUCAGACAAAAAGAUAACACCAUCACUUCUGUUUAGUUUCCAAACCAUCAUAUCUUGAUAGCUAUGCCACAAGUCAAGAAAACACAAUCUAGGGAGAUAUUACGAUUCCUUGCACAAAUUAACAUACAAAAACAUAACACAUUGUCAAUGAUGACUUUGUUUAGUUUCCCGGCAGACUAUGCCACAAGUCAAGAAAAUUAACACGAAUGCGGUGAUAUUUCGAUUUUAUUUCAAACUCAUUGUCAGAUUAGUUUUUUUGUCUUUUCUAGGUAUUUGGUUUCAUCGGGACAAUCCUGUUUCUCGUGGACACCAUUGUCUAUACAAAAACAGUUCUCUCCACUCAGUGAUCAGUAAUUUGCAGUCGCGGGGUUUUACGUAGUAUACUUAUUUGUGACACUUUCUACUAGUAUAUUGACUAUAGCAUAGAGAUUAAUGUUUAGCUCUAGUAUUAAGAAAACGCAUUGAAACAAUUACGGUAGAGUGGACAUCGCUUCCCCUUCCAAGGCGGGGGGAGAAGGGCGCAUAUGUGCCCUUUUUGAUUUUGGAGAAAUGUUAGCCUGCGUCGCAUACUUCAAUUUGAAGUAUGCGACGCAGGCUAGGAAAUGUUUGUUAUGUGUAAAAAAUCAUUAAACUGUCAUUACAUUCCAAAAUCACGAAUCAAAAGGGAAAUAUUUGUACAUAACGUUAGAAACGUUAAUAUUUUUACUAAAACGUUUCCGAAAAAAAUGAGAUAAAAUUUAUGAACUCGUGGAAAAUUGAGCCACUACGAAAAUAUGCAUGCCACCACUCCGUCUCCCCCCCCCCCCUUGCCCAAACUAUUUUUCUUGCCAAUCUAUCUUUCUUGAGAUAUUUUACAAUUUUUGACAUGAUGGAA